AUGGCUCUUCUCAUCAUUGCAGCCAUUCUGCUCAUCCUCUACCUCACCACCCUUAUCAUCUACAAUCUCUUUCUCCAUCCUCUCGCUCGCUACCCCGGGCCUACCCUCUGGCGUGCAUUCCGCUUUCCCUUUAUCCUCGCCAACAUCCGUGGCCAACUCCCCCAUCGUGUCCAUGACUUCCACGCCCAGUAUGGUGACAUUGUCCGCGUCGCACCAGACGAACUCUCCUUCGUGGACCCCCGCGCCUGGCGGGACAUCUACACCUCAGAUCGUGAAUUCGUCCGCCCGCACCAAUACAAAGACCAACCUCCCGGCAAAACGGCACCAAAUCUAAUUGCAUGCUCGGAGGCUGACCAUACUCGCCUUCGCAAGAACCUGGCACCAGGCUUUUCGGAGAAAUUCGCUGCACUCCAGGAACCAAUUCUUCAAAAAUACAUCGAUGCACUUUUUGUUAAACUGGACGCACAGAUUGCGAGCAGUGGGGGUGACAGUGCCAGCAAAAGCGCUGACGUGGACCUCGUCGAAUGGAUCAAUUACCUCGCCUUCGACGUGAUAGGGGAUCUCACCUGGGGUAGCUCGUUCGGGUGCCUUGAGGGUCUGCGGUACCAUCCCUGGGUGCAGACAGUUAGCCAGUUCAAAGCUGCCAUUAUCGUUGGCUCAAUGAAGUUCUACCCUCUGCUUUAUCAUCUACUCAUGGCCAUUACCCCAGCAGAUGCCCUGAAGCCGGUUAUGGAGAUGUGGAAGGUCACGGAUGAAAAGGUGGCGCAGCGGGUGGCCAGUACGACUCCCAGUACUACCACGCGACCGGACUUUGUGGGAACAAUGAUAGCGUCGGGCGCCAUGACGCAGGAGGAGAUGGAAGUGAACUCGAUGCUGAUCGUCGCGGCGGGGAGUGAAUCAAUUACCACCGUCAUCACGGGCGUCAUCAAUUAUCUUCUGCGGGAGGGGGACCAGAGGACGCUCCGUGAAUUGGUAGACCUGCUCCACAACACCUUCCCCACGGAAAAGGACAUUACAGCCACCCGGCUGAAAUCUGCUCCAUACCUCGAUGCAGUCUUGAUGGAAGGCAUGCGCCUCUGCCCAACCAUUCCAGACGCCAUGCGACGGCAGGUCCCGCGGGGUGGAGCCAGGGUAGCUGGGCAAUUUGUGCCAGAAGGGAUGAUCGUCUCGAUCCCUCCGCUUGCUAGUUACCGCACGCCGCACAACUUCACUAGCCCGAGUGAGUUUGCCCCAAGACGGUGGCUGGGAGAGGAUGAGCGGUUUCGCGGCGAUCUGAAUAAGCAGAAGGAGCUUUCAAUCCAUUUUCGCUGGGGUCGCAUAAUUGUCCUGGCCAGAAUUUAG